UUUUGCUUCUCAUUCUCAUCUUUGAUACACACAAAUAAGUACCUGAAUUCUCUCCGACCCUUGCUCACAUUUGUCCCCUCUUUCCUUCUCGCUCUAGACCCUUCUUCUUCCUCCUCCUCCUCCUCCUCUCUCUGCACCCCUGUUUCUCUCUCUAAAACCACACCCAUUUUGCAGCUUCUUGCAAUCAAUUUGCUUCAAAAGGCGAUUGAUUUCUUGAUGGGUAUUGCGAAUUAGAGGUUUUUAUGGAAUACCCACAUCAGAAUUAGUGCGGGUUUUGAGGUUCGGUUUUGGGUGUUUUCUGUGAUCUAUAGGUGAUUGAUUGAAGGGUUUUUGUUUGUGUGGAAAAAGAGGAUGUUUCGAGGUUGAAAUGGUUGAAUCUUGAGUGUUUCGGUGCGUGUUUAUGAUCGGUUUUGUGGGGAUUAAUGAGAUGAGUCGAAGGGUUAGACGAAAGUGUGCGAAAGGAGCUCAAAAGUCGGAUUUAACGGAUCAAGCCGAAACCGAGGAUGCAGAUUACUUAAAACUGAAUGCGGAUGGAUUUGUGGAUUGGACGCGAUUACCCGACGAUACUGUGAUUCAGCUUUUUACUCAUUUAAACUAUCGUGAUCGGGCUAAUUUGUCGUCAACAUGCAGAAGCUGGAGAUCGCUCGGAUCUUCUUCGUGUUUAUGGCAAUCGUUAGAUCUUCGUGCUCAUAAAUGUGGUUGGGAUGUAACGAAAGUGUUAGCUACCCGCUGUUCCAAUCUCCAAAAGCUUCGGUUUCGCGGAGCCGACAAUGCUGAUGCGGUAAUAAAUCUUCGAGCUGAAAAUUUGAAAGAUUUAAGCGGUGAUUACUGUCGGAAGCUCAACGAUUCAACUCUUUCGGUAAUCGUAGCGCGUCACCAGCUUCUCGAAAGCCUCCAACUCGGGCCUGAUUUCUGCGAACGAAUUACGAGUGAUGCGAUACUUCAAAUAGCUAAUUGCUGCCAUCAGCUAAAAAAGCUUCGACUUUCGGGUAUCCGGGAAAUUAGUAAAGAAGCAAUAAACGGUUUAGCUACUCGAUGCUCUGAUCUUUAUGAAAUUGGGUUUAUUGAUUGUUUAAAGAUCGAUGAGGUGGCAUUAGGAAAUGUUGUGUCGCUUCGUUUUCUGUGCGUUGCGGGGACCACAAGCGUGAAGUGGGAUUUGGCGAGUGAAAGUUGGAGCAAGCUUCCGAAUUUGAAAGGUUUAGAUGUUUCUAGAACCGAUGUUGUUCCGAACGCCGUUAUGAGGAUAUUUUCGUCGUUAAAAAGUUUAGAACUUUUGUGCGCGUUUAACUGCCCAUUGUUAGAGGAAGACCCCACUGUUUUCACCAAGAUUAACUGUCAUGGUAAAACGAUGCUUAGUUUCUUUAACGACACGUUUACGAAACUAUCCCAGUUGUUUCCUGACAUAGAGAGAGAACAAGAACGGACCAUUUUCUCCGUUUGGAGAAACACAUCGAAGAAGAAAGACGGGAAUUUGAACGAGUUUAUGACAUGGGUUGAAUGGAUUCUUUCGCAUUCGCUUUUACGUAUAGCCGAAAGUAACCCAAACGGGCUCGAUCAGUUUUGGCUCACUCAAGGUGCGGAUCUUUUGCUUGGUUUGUUGCAGAGUUCGCAAGAAGACGUUCAAGAACGCGCCGCCACCGGGCUUGCAACGUUUGUAGUCGUUGAUGAUGAAAACACGAAUGUUGAUGUCGGACGCGCUGAAGCGGUCAUGAAAGGUGGCGGUAUACAACUUCUUUUAGGUCUUGCACGAUCUUGGAAAGAGGGGCUUCAAUCAGAAGCUACAAAGGCGAUUGCGAAUCUUUCGGUGAAUCCCGCUUUCGCAAAAUCUGUGGCGGGAGGUGGCGGCAUCACCAUUCUUGCAAGCUUAGCGAAAUCGAUGAACCGAAUGGUGGCUGAAGAGGCUGCCGGAGGGCUUUGGAAUCUUUCGGUUGGGGAAGAGCAUAAGGGAGCUAUUGCUGAAGCUGGUGGCAUAAAAGCGUUAGUGGACUUGAUCUUUAAAUGGCCUAGAGGUGGUGAUGGAGUUCUGGAACGAGCGGCAGGGGCACUUGCAAAUUUGGCGGCGGAUGAUAAAUGUAGCAUGGAAGUCGCAAGUGUUGGUGGUAUUAAUGCGUUAGUAACUCUUGCUCGUAAAUGCAAGCACGAGGGUGUGCAAGAACAGGCGGCUCGUGCAUUGGCUAAUUUAGCGGCUCAUGGUGAUAGCAACACCAACAAUGCUGCGGUUGGACAAGAAGCCGGAGCUCUUGAUGCACUUGUUCUACUUAUUCGUUCAACACAUGACGGUGUUAGGCAAGAAGCGGCUGGUGCGUUAUGGAAUUUAUCAUUCGACGACAGAAACCGAGAGGGGAUUGCAUUAGCGGGCGGUGUUGAAGCCCUGGUUGCUCUUGCGCAAUCGUGUUCAAACGCGUCUCCAAGUCUUCAGGAGAGAGCAGCCGGUGCUCUUUGGGGACUCUCAGUAUCAGAAGCCAAUAGCAUUGCGAUUGGGCGAGAAGGGGGCGUUGCACCGCUCAUAACUUUAGCACGGUCUCAGACGGAAGAUGUCCACGAAACCGCUGCCGGAGCCCUUUGGAAUCUUGCAUUCAACCCCGGAAAUGCUCUGCGAAUAGUGGAAGACGGUGGUGUUCCAGCGUUAAUUCAUCUGUGUUCUUCGUCAAUGUCGAAAAUGGCUCGUUUCAUGGCCGCGUUAGCUUUGGCAUACAUGUUUGAUGGCCGAAUGGAUGAAUAUGCUCUGGUAGGGAGUUCAGCAGAAGGCGGUUCGAAGAGUGUCGGUUUAGAAAGGGCAAGGAGAAUGGCCUUGAAGCACAUUGAAACUUUUGUGUUGACUUUUGCUGACCCGCAAGCGUUUUCUGCUGCCUCGUUAUCUUCGGCUCCUGCACCUUUGGCACAAGUAACUGAAUCUGCCCGUAUACUUGAAGCAGGUCAUUUACGAUGCAGCGGAGCUGAAAUUGGACGAUUUGUUUCCAUGUUGCGUAAUCAGUCUCCCGUGCUCAAAGCAUGUGCUGCAUUCGCUCUUCUUCAGUUUACUGUUCCGGGUGGGCGGCACGCACCCCACCACAUGAACCUGUUGCAAGUGUCGGGCGCACCGCGCGUUCUGAGGGCUGCAGCGGCCGCAGCUUCGGCUCCGUUAGAAGCGAAGAUAUUUGCAAGAAUCGUGCUCAGGAACCUGGAGCACCACCAGAUAGAGUCGUCAGCAUAGAAAAGUAGCGGGUUAACUUAGAAACCGUUGGUAAUAAAGUCAACCUGAAUGUCAACAGUUAUAUACCGUAUACUCAUAAUCCCCCCCCCCUCCCCCCCUCUUUUCCGAAUGCUUUUUGGCUCGGACCGUUUGGACCGUAACUCAGUGAGCUCAAGUCAGUUUGUAUGGUUUUGUCUGUACUUCAACUUGAUCUUUUUUCUUUUUUAUAAAACUGCCUAGUUGAUACUUU